AUGGGUAUUCAACAAAUUACAGUUGAACCUACUUUUAUUUCAAUUAAUAACUUUCCAUCUACACAUUAUACAACACUUAUUGAACAACAAAUAGAUAUCUGUCAAAUUUUCCAUACUAUUGACGCAUCAUUAAUGUAUAUGAAUGAAUGUUUCUUUAUCAACGGAGAUGAAAUACAUUCAAUUGGAAAGGAAUUUUUUCACCAAUUUCGAAAGGAAUUAUCAAGUUUAAAUAAGCAAUUAAAUGACUAUUUUGGUUUAUGGCUAUCUUAUUUUAAACUUAGUCAAACACGAUAUCAUCGAUUGUUUAAUGAUGGAAUUUUUUAUGAUGAAGAAUUACUCAAAAUUGAAAUGUUAAAGCAAGAUCCAUAUCUGAUCGAAUUACGUGAAACAGUUCAUCGUCUUGAAAACAAACAUCAAAAUGGUAUAGAUGAUAUAUUCAAACGUUUCAUCGAUUUAUUAAUUGAAGGAAUAUCACCUUCGAGAAUUCUUCCAUACAGAAAAGACAAUAAAAAUGAUUUAUUCUUACUCGCGAUUUCGACUAUGUAUUAUUCAACAAUUCGAUUAAUAAAAUCAACAAUUGCUAUUGGUACAACUAUUCAUAAUAUUUUUGAACAUGAAACAACACAUCGAUAUACUAGUUAUUAG